AUGACUGAACAAGUGAGCACUGAAACUACCACCACUGUAACCACGGUUUACAUUUCGAACCUCCCCUUUACAGCAAGUGAGCAUGACCUAAACACCUUCCUAAACAGGUACGGAGCCAGCUCAGUGUUGAUUCCAACGCAGACUGUCCGUAGGUUCAGCAAAAAGCACAAGAACAAUCCCCGCAAACCGCUAGGUAUAGCAUUUGCCCAGUUUGCAAACAACACUCUAGCCAUGAAGGCCAUUCAAGAACUGAACGGGACCGUCUUUCAAAACCAGAAGCUAUUUUUGAAACUGCAUGUUCCCUAUGAGGCAGAUUCCCCUCCAGACGAAGAUGCUAAGAAGCUCAAGGAAAAAAAAAAGGGUAAGAAAACACCGGAAACUGCAUCAGACACGGUAUAUUGCCACGACUUACCAGAAGAUAUUACCGACAGUGAAAUUCGUGAGUUGUUUCAGCUCUAUUCUCCACAAGAAAUUUGGAUUUAUAGAUCCAAAGUGUACAAGAAAAGAUGUAUUCCGUUCGCACCACACCAGAUCACUGCAGCUUUGGUGACUUUGCAAUCAGAAACACCCAUUUCAAACAUUUGUGACGAAGUGGUCAAGACAGCUACUUUGAGGGGCAAAUCCAUAAUUGUGAAGCCCGCCUACGUCUCCAAGAUUCAGGAAAUUAAGCAAUUGGUCAAGGAUAACCUGACAAAUGCACGUGAUUCACAGGCACCUGCACCGGCACUGGAAUUGGAGCCAGUGGAGCCUGCGGAGGAAAGGCAGGACAAUGCUCAAACUAAUGAUGUCCCACCUCCACCUGUCUCUUCUUCUGAUCGUCCAACCGUGGCCGCUGCUUAG